CACGACCGCUAUGUAGUCAAGAACGUAUUUUAUUUCAUAAGACGUAAAAGUUAAAUAUAAAAGUUUUAUAAACUUUGUUUUUGUUUCAAGCCCGGACUUUUUUUUCAAAGUGGAACAACAGAAGUUAUGGGUGCCAAGAAAAGUACUUUGAACAGCAAUGCAAAGAAUCAACAAUGCAAUUAUACAGAGCUUCAUACUACAUUGCGUGAAAUGGGUGGAAUAUUAAGGACUUACGUUAAAGAAGACAGUGAGUUUGUUACAAACGAGAGUGUUAAAGUGAAAACAGAGGAUUUAUCAAGGCUUCUCAGGCUUUUUAUGGCAGUUUCUACUUUUUGCGAAUGUCAAGAUGAAAGUCGGCUACGAAUCAAAAGUCACACAGACUCCUUGCCACCACAUUAUAUUGCUAAAGCGGAACUAACAGUGAAAUCUCCUUUGAUAAAACCUAAAAAUAAAAAAGUAACUGGCUUCCUUUUUAUGAAGUGUAUUCAAAUUAUUUCACCAAUUCAAACCAACACGACCACAGAAGUUUCUCCAGCAGUCAAAAGAUUAUGCAACGACCUCAAAAAGCGGUACAAAUGUAUUCUUUGCGGUGACAUUGAAGUGACAUCCGAAAAGUUCCCGCUCGUUGUUCUGUGUCCAGUUUCUUCAAGACUAGAACCAGACAUUGACCAUGUUCUCAGUGUGGUAAAACGAAAGAUGCCGUUUGCUGUUCUACUGAUCCAUACAAGUUUAGAAAAUUCAUUACCUAUAAUACCAACGGCUUCGAAACUUACACACAAUGAAAAGUACAAGCAUGUUGAGUUUAUUGACAUAGCUUUCAACACAGACUUGAAAUUAUAUUCUUGUAAGAUGAACAAUACCGCAAAAUGUCAACUGAAAUCUUUUUUUACAAGUUUCUUUAAAAAAUAACCAUUCAUACUUAAAAGACAGAGUGAAACACAAAGAGUUAUUUUUGCAUUAUUUAUAUAACUCUUUUAUGCUAAGAUGAGGUAAUACUAUGGAAAGACUUACAACUCGCUAUGUCUCGGAUAUAAAUCUAUUGACAUUAAAAUUAAACAGAAAGGAAGUGACAUAAAACAUCAAACUAUCUUGUUUGUCAAAAUAUAUAAGUGUAGCUUCAAUUCAGAAUCAAUGCAUGUCAAAUAAGGUCAAGAACACCAAUAAGCCUGCGCGUCAAGGAAAUUGUGUAUCUUUUACAGUAAUGAAAUUUUGAUAAUGUGCUCAUUGUUUUGAACAUCAAUCCGUCUCUAAUAUCAGAUCACUAAAAUUUCGACCUGCAUACUUUUUAGUUUAUGUUUUUAUUUUACAUGCAUCUAUGAAAUUCUAAGCUCACAAUUUCUAAAAAUAGAAUUAAACUACGAUAUUUACUUACCUUAAUUAGAUUAUAUUUUGACACAUUCCAUAAUAAUACACGGAACAUUAAUCGUAAUCUAUUCCCUAAAUGAUACAAAAUAUCAACGUAGAAUAUUAACACAAAAAAGAUGCUGUCAAAGACAAGAAUAAAGAUCAACAAGGCAAAGGCAACGUUCAUAGGACGCAGCCCCCGACACACCAAAGUAGGGCACCCAGAAGGCACCAAACCAAAACCUUGAGUGGACAUAAGGGCGUUGAAAGGAGAGGGACAUGUAAUGUGUGAGUCAAUAUACACUCAAACGGGCCCAUAUGGGAAUUAAAGGGAUAAGGGCUGUAAGGAUGAAAAGGGGAGGGGGUUCAAAAUGGAUGGGGAUAUGGGAAAAUACCUACCGUAAACGACAAUCCAACAAGACAGACAUCACAAAACAUGUAAACAUUCAAAAACAAGUUACAACACAAACAUGAAAAACACGUGAAGGAACACAGAGGGGUGCCGUCUUGGAACGUUUAGUGGUAGUUAAACCACUGGGGACUUUAAACCGGUUUUAGGCGCGCCAAACCUCACUCUUAGCCCCAAUAUAUUCCUGAAUGACAUGAAAGUGUAAAUAAAAUUAAUCCCCGCCAAGUGAAAUUCUAACAAUGGUCAUGGUUGUAACAUUAUACGAAAUAAAUAAAACACAUAUAAAAUUAUGUAAAAUGUAGAAAAAGGUACAGCGUAAUUACCAUUACCAAAGAACUCGAUGCUUUAAGGGAAGGCAGAGCAACAAGAAAAUCACCUACUAGGGCCCGACGGCGCAAGACAGAAGGCAAACAUUAACUCAGUCCCAAAGGACUUUUGUGAAUGGCAUGUACAUGUAAAGCAAUCAGGUGUUCGGUAUAACUAAAUUAUUUGACGUUUACGAUUUCACAAACGUUUUGUCUAUAACGGAAUGCCUUUUAAUCAUUUUAAAAGAAAUCCAAUAUAUAUCUGUAAAAUACAGUAUCAUGCUGUAUUGUAAUAGACUGGAUGAUGAUAAUAAGCUUCUGUAAUGACGCAAAUUUCCGUUCUUUUCUUCUGUAAAAUUGCUGGAAAAAUAACAUAUGCAAAAAACUAUAAUAUGUCUUAUACUGAAUGAUAAAGUAUCAAU